AUGGGUGGAUACGCUGAUGAAGUUAGUUCCUUUAAUGUGAAUACAAAUAAUACAAUUGCAUUAAAAAUGAUUCGUCAAUUAGCAUUCCGUCAAACAACUGCUUUAAGAGCUGGUCUUGUACCAGCCACUAGAUACAUUAGUACCACUCCAGCUAGAUAUUCCAUCAUUGGUAGUGCUAAGGAUGUAUUGCAUAAGGCCAACAAGAAAAUAGGUGAAGUUGCUGCUGAAGGUAUCGAAAAGACACAACAUGCCACUCCACACAGUGUUGGAGAUGCAGCACAAAAGGUUAAUAAGAAGACCGGUGAAGUGCUCGCAGAAGGUAUCGACAAGACUCAAAAGGCCACUCCUGACAGUGUUGGAGAUGCAGCACAAAAGGUUAAUAAGAAGACCGGUGAAGUGCUCGCAGAAGGUAUCGAGAAGACGCAACAAGGUAAGGAAAGACUCCGUGUGUCGCAAAAUGCUAAGGGCUACGACAGCUUACAGGAUAAAGGUAGCAAGACUGAAACAGAACAAAACCGUCCAGACGACGCUGUAUAA